AUGAGUACCUCCGAUGUCAACAUACGAACUUGUACAGCCUCACCCUCUAAACGCAUACGAGAUCGAGCGUUCGUGGAGUCGCCAGCGAGCUCGAACAAAACACCAUGGACUGCUACGCGAUGUCAGCGCCUCUUGCGGCCAUUGCUGUCUAAGAUAUCAAUCCUAAGAAAAGUAAAAAAGGGGGAACAUAAUGAUGGAAGCAUUGAAAAUAACGUUGAUGAGGGUAACGCAUGGUCUCCAGUCAUACCGAGUGUAGAUGUGGACAGGAAAUCCCUAUUAUUGCUAAGAUCCGAGGCAUGGGAUUGCGACCAGAGACCAAGAAAACGGAUUCGUUGCACUUAUUCGGGACGAGGCAGGAACUCCAAGGAGGAUGCGUCCCAGUCAAAUGAGUCCGACAAGGGAACAACAGUCUGGCAUCGUAAAUUAGGGUUGAAGGAAAAUUUGCACAAAGAGAAGUUUCGCGCAGUAUCGAGCUUAGCCCGAAGAGCAAACCUACCUUCGUCGUUCAACGCAUUAUGCCAAUUGCCACAAGCGGGAAAUGAACGCGCACACAAUGUGCAGUUCAAGGGCACUGAGCUUCCCGUGCCAUCCAUAAGAGGCGAUGAUACGAUGUCCUCUAGUGGCAAGGAGCGAUGGAAGCUCUCUCAAGGCAUAAGCCGUAGCCUCUCGGCUUUGCUGAAAGCGACCAAAAACCCAUCCAUGCAACAGAACUCUGGAUGUAGAUCCUUGUUCUCAAUGUGUCUUAAAUGCGUGCCGGAAUACAUUGAAGAGGAGGAAUGCAUGGCUGUCGAAGAUGACUUAGACAAUGACAAGGACGUCUCGUUUGAAAUCUACGGAGAGCUCGAAGGUAUCGCAGUGAGUGAAAGUUGGAGGCCACUUCGAGACAUCGUCAGAAGCCACGGUGUCAGCCUUAUUGGGAAAGCAAUAUCAGACCAUGUUGUGAGUCUUAAUAUGGCUUUCAGUCUCGUUGAUUUGUGUCUCACUGAGGACGCACAUGAUGAAGCGCAGACGCUUCUUGAAACGAUUAUCAGCACUAUUCUGCACUGUGACGUUCUCGCUCGGUGGAAACCUACUACCCAAGGAGCCCUUAUCAUGCAGGGGGUACGCCCUUUUCUACUCAAAACCGGACGACAACGAAUUGUUUAUCAACAGGUGAGAGCUGCCAUAGAAGCUGGACUCCCUUGGACUGCUUUUGAGUGUUUGCUCCAACCCAAUCAUAUUCAAUAUGUGAGCAGCGUUGUUUUCCGAGAUAGCUUUGGGGAGCUCGGUGAGUUGAUUCGAACGAUUUUUCGCCAAGUAUGUGGCAGCACAUCGUGCCCUAUGGAAUCUGUGAUCGAGGAUUUGCGACGAGCGAGAAAAGACAGGUAUAGUCAUCACAUGUCUCGUCGAUGUCUCCUGGUUGAAGACACUGCUCUCACAGCAAAGUACGUGAGACGAGCUGCAAAGAAUCCUUCUGAUACCCCAAUGGAUCACGCAUCAGAUUCCUACCACAUUCCUAUACAAUUCAUGGACGCGAUUUUCAAUGCCAUGCACACGAAUGAUGCACUUCCAGAUGCCAUGCAAACCAAGAUGCACUUAGCGAUGUCUGAACUAAUAGAACAGCUUGCCGUCGAAUGUAUGCAAUUACUUGAUCUCGAAACCGCGGCCAGCGAAAGUCACUACAUAUCACCACGCCGACAAACAAUUGCUGCGGCAAUAUUAGCUUACGACCUGUACAAGACAGUACUGGACAAGGGGGAGGAAGAGCAGAACGAUCUUUGUUUUUACACGGACCAGCUCUCCAGUCUCGAAAUCAACGAGAGCGUAACGAGUCAUCUUGGAAAUCUACUCCUACAGCUUCCACACAAGGACGGUAAGAGACUUUCGAGUGAUUUCGAGCUCAUCAAGCCAACUGUUGAGUCAUUUUGGAAAUCAGUAAAGCGGUCCUGCUGCCGUGGAGCAACCCGAAGGAUUCUGGGUGAUAUUCUAGUUGCUGCAUCAUUCGGUUUCGCUGAAACGACCGACCAGCCAGCACACAUGGAAUGGGCACUUGGGAUAGAAGCGGACGUUUGCGGAAAGCCUCAAGACUCGCCUGCUAGGACCUUGGUCAAAACCCCUGCAAAAGCUGAAAAUCGUAGAAAAGGUGCGUAUCGUUGGGAAGAAGGGAUUUGCGAGUGGAUAGCAAAGACACCAAUCGUCUCUGUCGAGACGCGCCAACCAAAAAACCCCAGAUCUGCUGGAGACGUCGGUUCAUGGGACAGUCCCGUCAGUCUGAAAGUACAGACGACGGAUCAAGCAAUGAGCCCAGAUUAUACACGCGACUGCUCGCCUUACAAGACCACUGACUCUAGAUCGAGCGUGUCAGAAUGUGUCCUCGAACGUGGAUCGUCGUUUCUGAAAUAUGUUAAGGUCCCAAUGUUGAGGCCGAAUUGCAACAAAGUGCAAGCUUAUUCCACAACGGAUAGGCUGCCCGUAGUGAAAAUGCGGCCGGAACCAGAGCCGGACCAGAGCUCUAGAUUCUGUGAUGAAGUCGAUGAGCUGUGUUCGAGUCGGGGUUCGGAGCUGGUACCCAGGAUAACGGCUUUGUCGACCUCAACAACAUGCUCGUGGAGAGAUUCUCUGCAUGCAAAGCAAAGGCUUGGAGCGGCAAGUGUUGAGAGAUUAGCGACAGCUAAGUUGAGAGAAGGUCAUCGUGUGCGGUCAAGCCUCAUCGAGCUGGUUGAUCUUGGUAGCGAUAACGAUGAUGAGGAAGACGAGUUGAGCUUCUCAUGA